AAACCCCCAAAACUCCCAUCCCAUCCCCAUCCCCAUCCCAUCACCGUUUCCCAGCUCAGCUAGUACGAGUAGUAUCUACUCCUGCUUCCAAGGCCACUCUGCUCAUUCUCUUCUUCUCCACUCCCGUCCUUGUUGCUCGCGCUUCCCUUGUUGCGCUCCACGCCCUUGUGUUCCUCUCUCUCGUCGACUCAAAACUUCACAGACUUCCAAAACCGUUAUUAUCCCGGCGCCUCGCUGCAGGCAGAGGACGGACGUAGGAGUAGUACGCGCGGCUUUAUUAGUUAUUACUGCUGCUGCCUUGAGCUCUCGCAGUUGCUGCUGCUGUUACAUUUCUGCUCGCCUUUUUUAAAAUAAAACAAGGUAAAGAGUACAUAGGAGGAGGAGGCCAUCUUUAUUGCCUUCCCCUGCCGCGUCUGCUCCCAUCGUCACUCCGUCCUCCUCCCUGCCGUCCCUUUGCUCUUUAUUCUCCUGCUGAUCCGCGCGCAGAGCAGGAGCGAGCGAUCGAUCCGCCCGUUCAAUCCGCUCGGUCGGUUAAGGCUGCAGCCUCCUUUCCUGCUGGGGCCUGGGUGCUCGUUUUGGGCUUUCUAACUGCGUCUUCAAAGGGGUUUUGGCCGGCAUCAAACUCUCCUCUGUGUGGUGCUACUCGGCGGUGGUGGAGAAGAAGAAGGCCUGUCUCUUUUGGUUGGCGCGUGCCAUGUCGCGGUCGCGCACGGUGCGAAUCUACUGGGACGAUCCCGACGUGACGGACUCGUCCAGCGAGGAGGAGGACGAGGAGGGCUGCGCCGCUCGGAGGGUGGGAAGGAUGGUGCGGGAGCUUCCGCCGGCCCCGACGCCGCUGGUGCAGGCGGCGGCUACUUCGCCGGAGCAGUGCAGCCCGGGAGACGACGACCUGCCGAGGCGUGUUGGUGGGUACACCGGUGCGCGGAAGAGGCUGGCCAAGGGCGGCGGCGGCGGCUCUGCUGCGCAGAGCACCAAGUUCCGCGGCGUCAGGCGGCGGCCGUGGGGCAAGUUCGCGGCGGAGAUCCGCGAUCCGUGGCGCGGCGUGCGCGUCUGGCUCGGCACUUUCGACACCGCCGAGGAGGCCGCGCGCGUGUACGAUUCUGCGGCCAUUCAGCUCCGUGGCGCCACCGCAACGACCAACUUCUCCACGUCCACGAAUUCGGAGGGCGCCCAGGAGGAGGACCUGACGGCGGCCGGUUACGAGUCCGGCGCCGAGUCCUCGCAGGCGGUGUCGUCCCCGACCUCCGUGCUCCGCAAGGUCCCGUCGAUGUCGUCCUUGGCGGGGGACAGGGCCGACUCCGAUGCCUGCCAAGGCGAGGCCGCCGCUGGCAGCAGCCUCAGCGUUCCGGAGGAGCUGGGCGAGUUCGUGCCGUUCGAGGACGCGCCCGUCUACUCCAGCAGCAGCUUCUGGGACUUCGAACCGCAGUCGGGGUUCCUCUACGCCGAGCCGUCGUCGGCCGAGGCCUCGUGGGACGCGUCCGCCGGCGGCGAGCCGUGGGCCGCGCCGGUGCAGGAGAACGACUACUUCUUCCAGGAUUUGCGCGACCUGUUCCCGCUCAACCAGCUUCCCGCGAUUUUCUAGAUGGCAGCGGCGGAGCUUGCUUCAGUGCUCUUAUCUUUUUUCGUGUACUAUAUGUCGAGAGUAUUUUGUCGCGUGCGUGUGGUGCGUCCCCGUGUAUUUGUGUACGUCCGUGUGCGUUGUUGCUGUUCAGUUCAGUUCAGUCCAUGAGAAAUGUAUGAUCCGAGUAGAGUUUUCAAGCGCUA